AUGAACGUAUUUGCCAAUUGUGUAAUAUCCGAGCCAUGUGAUUCAGGAUUUGAGAUUGCUAAAGAUGCAGAAUACAACCCCAAUAUUACAGUGCCUGAUUUACCAGAGGACUGCAGUCAGGAAGACUUUGAAACCAAGCCUAUACCAGUACAACUUUACAGAAACACAAGUUACCCAUUGUCUUAUGUGGAAAGCGUACAAACACAGCCAGAAAUUGUCAAGAUUGAUGCACAGCAAAGUUCACUAAAAAAGCCAGACAUUGGCAAUGUAAACACACCGCAAAGUUCACUAAAGCAGCCAGACAUUGGCAAUGUAAACACACAACAAAGUUCACUAAAACAGCCGGACAUUGGCAAUGUAAACACACAGCAAAAUUUAGUAACACAGCCAGACAUUGGCAACCUGGAUACACAGCAAAGUUCAGUUACACAGCCAUACAUAGUUAACAUGGAUACACAGCAAAGUUCAGUUACACAGCCAUACAUAAUUAAUCUGAAUACACAGCAGAGCUUACAAACACAGCCAGAAAUUGCCAACAUGAAUACGCAGCAAAGUUUGAUUACACAGCCAGAUAUAGCCAACAUGAAUACACAGCAGAGUCUAUUUACCCAGCUGAACUUUGCCAAUAGGCUAACACAACAAUGUUUACUGACACAGCUGGAUGUUGCCAGUUGGCUAACACAGGAAAGUUUACAAAUAGACAUCUCCACCAACACUCCAAAGCAAUGUUCACCAACACAGGCAGAAGUUGGCACUGAAAGUACACAGCAAAAAUUACUUGCACAACUUAAAAAUGCCAACAAGCUAACAGAGACAUGUUUAUUAACACAUCUGAACAUUGCCAACAGAUUUACGCAGCAAAUGUUACCAGCACAGCUGGACAGUGUCAACAAGAGAAUGGAACAAGGUUUACCAUUGGUGUUACUAUCCCCACCAAAUAGCCAAUCAUGUGUAGUUCCUUCUAACCCAAACACCAAUGCAGCACUAGAAGUAGAUAAGUUGGCUUCAGCUUCAACAAAGUUGGAUGAUAUCAAGGAAGAAGGAAAUAUACAGUUAAAUGAGAAUCCUACUGAGAGUAAAAGGGAAGACAUUGACAUACAUUUUACUGGUGUGAAGGAUUGUGACAAGGAAGUUUAUGAUAAAUGUGCCGUCGACAGUGAUAAGAACAGCCCAGCAAGUGAACUCUCUUCACUUACAGAUAAUAAUACCCAAAGUGAGGCUAUGGAGGCCAGCCAAGCAAGUGAACUCCCUUCACUUACAGAUAGUAAUACCCAAAGUGAGUCUAUGGAGGACAGUUCAGCGAGUGAAAUCUUAACGCUUACGGAUAACAAUAUCCAAAGUGAGGCUAUGGAGGCCAGCCAAGCAAGUGAACUCCCUUCACUUACAGAUAAUAAUACCCAAAGUGAGGCUAUGGAGGACAGUUCAGCGAGUGAAAUCUUAACGCUUACUGAUAACAAUAUCCAAAGUGAGGCUAUGCAGGACAGUUCAGCGACUGAACUCCCAUCAGACAAACCUAACUUGUAUAAUGACUGUGUGAAUAUCAAGAUGGUAUGUGUGGUUCUGAUCUUACGUGACUGCAGUGUGAUGAAUCUUAUAAAAUGA